GCAAAGAACGGAGGAACGAUGAAGUUGUAAAUAUUCAACAAGAAAACAAUGCAAAUUUAUGGAAAGUGAAUUUUUUCCUUUUUAACAGCGAUGUCUAUGUCCUGAGAACAUCUUUUGCAUUUUGUACCCUGUAAAUAUUUCAGAUUUCUUUGUGGAAAAGAUGAUUUUUAGCCGAAUUACAACAGCUGUUGUUGUAGUCAGCUUCUUCCUUGUCGUUAGACAAAACUUUGCUGAUGAAACCCACCGUAAUGCAGGRAAUACAAAUACUCAAAUGCCACAGGAGGCGUCACAGUCCGCACAAGACAAAGAUACAUCAACAAAAGAUGAAAAUCAAAAUCAACAAAACAGUAAUGAACUAGAACAACAAAAUGUUGACACAAAUACAGAGAACUCUAAAGACAAUCCUAGCAAUCUAGAACAUAAAACUAUUGAACAAACUAUCCAUGAAAACAUGAAAAAUGACAAUAUUGAAAAGCAGACUGUACUAGAAAAUAUUGAACAUGAACAGAAAUCURUAGAAAGUAAACAAACAGGAACAUUAGAAAAUAAUCCUGUUGAAACUGAAGCUGUAAAUGAACCACUUGUCCAAGAAGAAGAACAAGUUAUCAYAAGAGAAGAKACAAAGGACAGCUCAAAACAAACUGAAAGAAAACCAUUAAAAAAUAAACCAAAACAUAAAAAGAAAGGAAAGAAAAAGAGAAAAUCUAAGAAAAAGUCAGACUAUGAUUAUUAUGAUGAUGCUGGUGAUUAUGAUGAUGAUUACGCUGAUAAGUAUGAUGACUAUAAUGAUGAGUAUCCGAGAGGAGAUUAUGAUGAUGAAUCUGCAACAGACCCAAGGGAUUAUUAUGAUGGUGAUUAUAAUGGACCMCCCUCUGAUAGUCCUCCAACUGAAUCACCGUAUGACGAGGAGCAAGUGAAAGAGAUCCAUGAAGAAGCUGCAGAGGAGAUUAAGGAAAUGGAUCCUCCUACUUCAUCACAACAACUCAAAGAUGAACUUAAAGAUGAAAUAAAACAACUGAAAGAAGAGAAUGAAGCAAUGAGACUUAAGAAUGAACAACUUAAAGAAAGGGCUGGUUAUCUUCAAUAUCAGGAAGCUCAGCAACUAUUAAAUCAAACCAAACCAAGUUAUAGAAAAGCUUACAAACUGCUAGARGAAGCUGCUCUUGUUCAUAAUUUCACUGAAGCACUCGAAAUGGUAGCAUAUUCAUACUUGUUUGGUGAUUACCUACCAAGGAAUGUCACUAAAGCUUUUGAGGUCUUCACUAAGCUGGCAAAAGACGGUUCUCCUGUAGGUCAACAUGGUCUAGGGUUCAUGUAUGCUGCAGGCAUCAGUGUGAAUUCAAGCCAAGCAAAGGCCUUGGUUUAUUAUACAUUUGCUGCUCUUGGUGGAGACACAAAGGCACAGAUGGCACUUGCCUAUAGGUACUGGGCAGGAGCUGGAGUUCAGACAAAUUGUGAAACUGCCUUGACUUACUACAGAAAGGUUUCUAAUAAAGUUGCUGAAGAUGUUUCCUUAACUGGAGGACCAGCGUUACAAAGGAUAAGACUGAUAGAUGAAGAUGAACAGAGUGGUAACAAUGCCGUCCUUGAUGAUGAUCUGAUCCAAUAUUACCAAUUCUUGGCUGAUAAAGGCGAUGUACAGGCUCAGGUUGGACUGGGUCAGCUGCACUUCCAAGGUGGUAGAGGAGUUGAAGUAGAUCACGAGAGAGCKCUGAGAUAUUUCCAACAAGCUGCUGAUGCAGGCAAUGCUAAUGCAAUGGCUUUCCUAGGCAAGAUGUAUUCUGAAGGAGGUCAUAAUGUGAAACAGGACAACAAGACUGCUUUCAAAUGGUUCAAAAAAGCAGCAGACAGGGGCAAUCCAAUAGGUCAAAGUGGUCUUGGGCUGAUGUACUUGCUAGGCAGAGGCGUGGAGAAGAACUAUGAAAAGGCAUUUGACUUCUUCAAGCAAGCUGCAGAACAAGGCUGGGUUGAUGGUCAUCUACAGAUAGGAACAAUGUAUUAUCAUGGUCUUGGUGUCAGACGUGAUUAUAARAUGGCCAUAAAAUUCUUCAAUCUUGCUUCUCAGUCAGGUCAUGUUUUGGCUUUCUAUAACCUGGCUGUAAUGCAUGCAUCUGGUACUGGUGUCUUGAGAUCCUGUCAUACAGCUGCAGAGCUGUUUAAAAAYGUUGCUGAGCGAGGUCGUGUUGCCAAGAUUCUAAUGGAAGCUCAUGAGGCAUACAAAAAAGGACAAAUAGAUACUGCGCUUUUAAAGUAUGCYAUGCUAGCKGAACURGGAUAUGAAGUUGCACAGAGUAACGUGGCUUACAUCUUGGAUAAUAGACUAUCAACAAUUAUCAACAAGACUGAAACAUUCCCACGUGCCUUGCUCUAUUGGACACGUGCUGCAUUACAAGGAAACACCCAAGCAAGAGUCAAAGUUGGUGACUACCAUUACUAUGGUUAYGGUACAGAGGUUGACUAUGAAACAGCUGCCCUUCAUUACAGACUUGCAUCUGAACAACAGCAUAGUGCCCAGGCCAUGUUUAACUUGGGCUACAUGCAUGAGAGAGGGCUGGGAAUGAGACAGGACAUCCAUUUAGCCAAACGAUUUUAUGACAUGGCAGCACAAACAAGCCCAGAUGCCCAGGCUCCUGUUGCACUUGCUCUGCUCAAAUUGGGUGUACUUUUCUUUUGGGAGUGGGCAAGAGAGAAUUAUGAUUUCUGGAACAAGAUUGACCUAGCAAAACUGGCUGGACAAGACUGGGAUAUAUAUUUGGUUACCAUUCUAGCCUUAAUAUUUGGAAUGGCUGUGUUUAUACGAAGGCGAUGAAAGAACCCAUUUUAACCUGCCCUUCACUAGGGUGCAGAUUUAUACCACCUUAGUACAGAUAGCUCACAACAAAACACUAAUGUGUGCUACUUAUGGAACAAAYACAAAUAUUGUAGCUACAAAUUAUAGACAAUUAUUCUAAAAAAAGAAGAGAAUCAAGAAUKGUGCRUCCAUUGGAACCAAGGAGUAGUUUUCUGUGGCUUGUUCACAGGAAAAUAUUCAAUAUUAGGAGCAAGGAAGGAAUGACAGAAAGUUAGCUCUGUGUUCUUGUGGAUGGAAGUACUGCAUUUAAAGGAAACAAUAAAAAAGAGAUCUAGAAGAAAAAUUUACUACAGAACUGACUACAAACCUGAUGUGAAAACUACAACAAAUGUCAACUUAGGUGUAUAUUUAUGUCGUUCAAUUUUAAAUUAUAUUUUUUAACAAUUAUAGUAUAGCCAUUCAACUUGACUUUUUGUGUUUAGGCACUGCAUGUGUCAAAGUAAGAAAACUUUAGGAAAAAAAACGCAAUAAAUAUGACAAGCUCUGGUUACAGGCUAAUCAUUUUGAUACUGCAGACUCCUGUAGUUGUUGUCUGGAAGUCAUGCAUGCCUGAUGUUGUAAARGAGAAUUUUGAGUGUUUGAUGACACAAUAUUGGCAGCCUACCUAGUUAAUUUUCUGGGGCUGGUUGUACAAACGGUGAAUAGUGCUAUCUACUGAAUAAAUCCUUAUCUAGCAGAUAAAA